AAUUUUUUAUAAAAAUGAACCGGUGGAAUCUUUAUCUGAAUGGCUUUUGCUGCCUUCACUUCCAUUGGUCGCAUCAACUUCCUUCGGCUUCCACUCUACCCCGCCGCAACUACUACAGCUCCUUCUCCAAGCUCUCUAUUUCUCAGACCCAUCCGUCUCUUCUCUAGACAACUGUCAGCUGCCAUGGUCAUGGAUGGUUCAACGAUUAGUAAGGUCGCUGAUGAGUUUCCAUCUGGGAUUGAUCCAACGACUGAGGAAGAAUAUGCUGAACAGUCCAAAUUACUUCAAGAAUUCACAAAAAUUCCUAACAUUGAUAGGGCAUGGACGUUUAAGUCUGAUAGUGGAGACCCCAUGGCAACGUUUUCAAUUAGCCAAGCGAGUCUUCUAGCAAAUAAGAGGAGAAAAUAUACUUUGUCGGCUCACAUUUCUAAGGGAAAUGACGGCAAUUCAGUAAACUUUACAUGGACGCCAUUUCCUAUUGAAAUGAUUGGAGUCUCUACAAUAGUGCCAUCACCAUCAGGCUCAAAAUUUCUUACCGUUCGUAAUCCUGAAAAUGAUUCUCCAGUCCAAUUGGAAAUUUGGAGUGCAGGUCAAAUUGAAAAGGAGUUUCACAUCCCCCAAUCUAUCCAUGGAUCAAUAUAUACUGAUGGAUGGUUUGAGGGAAUCUCUUGGAACUCAAAUGAAACUUACAUUGCUUAUGUCGCGGAAGAACCUUCUCCCUCCAAGCCAACGUUUACUUUUUCUGGAUAUCAAAAAGGUUGCUCAGCAAAUAAGGAUUCUACGAACUGGAAAGGUCAAGGGGAUUUUAAAGAAGACUGGGGGGAAGCUUAUGCAGGUAAAAGGCAACCUGCUCUCUUUGUCAUCAACAUUGACAGCGGAGAGGUAAGACAUGUGAAGAUAGUCGAGAAAUCUUUGAGUGUGGGUCAAGUUAUAUGGGCUCCAUCUAUUGGCGAGGAUCAAUAUUUGGUUUUUGUUGGGUGGUCUUCAGAGCCUAGAAAACUUGGUAUGAUCUACUGCUAUAAUCGGCCUUGUGCAUUAUAUGCAGUCAAGGCUCCGGAUUAUGGAUCUGAAAUCAAUGAACGUAAACUCACAGAUGAACCAAAGGAGGAUUUUCCCCUCUAUAAUCUAACUCAGAGCAUAAGUAGUGCCUUCUUUCCUCGGUUCAGCCCAGACGGGAAGUUCCUUAUAUUUUUAUCUGCACACUCGUCGGUGAACUCUGGUGCCCAUUCUGCAACAAAUUCUCUUCACAGAAUCAACUGGCCUAGAGAUGGAAAACCAAGUUUUAGUGAAAAUAUUGUUGAUGUGGUUCCUGUGGUGCACUACGCUGAAAACGAACUCUUUCCUGGCCUCUAUUCACAUGGUUUCCUGUCUAAUCCAUGGCUUUCCGAUGGACACACUGUUAUUACAACGUCAAUAUGGCGUAGCAAGGAUGCCAUACUUUCUAUAGAUAUUUUAAGUGGUGAAGUAUCAUGCAUCAGUCCUGCCAACUCAAACUUUUCUUGGAAAGUUCUUGCUCUAGAUGGAGACAACGUUGUUGCUGUUUCUAGCAGCCCAGUGGAUAUUCCUCAACUCAAGUAUGGUUGUCUUACUGAGAAAGAAACUAAGAAUGCUGCAUGGAGUUGGUUGGAUGUAUCAAGUCCUGUUUUUAAAUGCUCUCAGAAGGUUAAAACUCUACUCUCAUCCCUCCAGUUCAGUAUAAUGAAGAUCCCAGUCAAGGACGUUUCCAACUGCCUGACAAAAGGUGCCAGUGAACCUUUUGAAGCUAUCUUUGUGUCUUCGAAGUCUGUCAAAGGUAAUGAAUUGAAUCCACUUAUUGUUAACCUUCAUGGGGGUCCACAUUCAACGUCAAUAUCAAGUUUCUCGAAGUCCUUGGCGUUUCUCUCUUCAAUAGGAUUCAACCUUUUGGUUGUGAACUAUAGAGGUUCAUUGGGAUUCGGUGAGGAAGCAUUGCAAUCUCUUCCUGGAAAAAUUGGGACCCAGGAUGUCAAUGAUGUACUUACCGCAUUAGAUCACAUUAUUGACAAGGGACUUGCCAGUUCAUCUAAAGUUGCAGUUCUUGGUGGUUCUCAUGGGGGAUUUUUGACAACUCAUUUGAUUGGCCAGGCACCAGAUAGAUUUGUGGCAGCUGCCGCCAGAAAUCCUGUGUGUAACCUUGCUUUAAUGGUUGGCACGUCAGAUAUUCCUGAUUGGUGUUACGUGGAAUGUUAUGGAAAAGAGGGCAAGAAUCACUACACCGAAGCACCAUCUGCUGAGCACCUAACCCACUUAUACAACAAAUCUCCCAUUCUACAUGUCUCAAAAGUUAAAACACCUACCAUUUUUCUUUUAGGUGCUAAAGAUCUUCGUGUUCCAUUUUCAAAUGGGUUGCAAUAUGCGCGAGCGUUGAGGGAGAAAGGAGUUGAGGUCAAAGUCAUCAUGUUUCCGGACGAUGUUCAUCCAAUUGACAGGCCACAAUCGGAUUUCGAAAGCUUCCUCAACAUUGGUGUGUGGUUCAGAAAGUACUGCAAGUGAGUGACAUUCUCUUUCUCACCCUUUUAGCAUCAUUGAUAUCAUGCUUUGUAAUUAUAUUGCCACUUUGAUCUUGGUACAAGUGAUUCUAUAUACUCUUGUCCAUGGUAUUAAGCCACUCAUUCUCAAUAAAAUGAUGCUUAUUAUUCCAACA